GAUUGCAGUUGUGUUUUGGUCAACCUGUCGACAUUGAAAUCCUGACUUUGCUCAGAAGUGAAGUGGAUGAACUUUGUGACGCUGUCCACACAUGGACUUUAGAGAAAGAACAGGUUUGAAAAUUAUUUUCUUUUAGGUUGUAGGUAUACAGUAUGCUGAGUCUUGGAAAACGUUCUGUACUACUUCCAAGAAUAUGGGGAAUGUGCCCAAUGCGCAUGAUCUUUCAUAUGGGUUAUAUAUGGUACAUAUACUGAGCUUAGUUUCGAAACUUUGCUCAGCAGUAAACCUACAACUUGCUUGCACAAUUGUAGCCAAUUGUUGUGAUUAAGCUUUCCCAAUCAUACGAGCUUAUCGUUAACAGAUUCGCCGUAAAUAUAGCUUACGGCGGAAUUAUGAACAUUAGUCUGACGAAUUCAAGAAACAAUUAUGAGUUUUACGAUAAAAGCGCCAAACAAACAAAACAGUUGUUCACCUUCGGAGCUGUCUUAUCUAGACACAUUCAAUUUAGUUAGCAACCUACACUUGAUUGACGUAAAAUAUUUAUGGUUUUACAGAUGACAACACUACUUUCGAACAUCAGUGAGUUGCAGUCAAACUUGAAUAAAGAAAUAGACUAUCUGCGUAUGAGAGUAAACAAAUGCGAGAUUCAGGGAAAUAACAAUUCCUUGAAGUUAAAAGGAUAUGAAAUGUUGGUAAAUAAAAAUUGUGAAGAAAUAAAACUUCUUGACGAACGUGCCAAUGAACUGUCAAGAUAUCGCAUUAAGGAAGAAGAAAAAAUUCCCUACGUUUUCACUGCACCCCCACAAAAUAAUUAUUUUGCUGGUCGAACUGAACAAAUUCAGGAGCUUAAACGUAUUUUGAAAGUUGAGGAAACGAUGAACGAAAAGGAAGUUCGCGUUGCAGCAGUGUGUGGUUUGGGUGGAAUUGGCAAAACAAGCUUAGUUUCCGAGUAUGCUCACCAGAUGAAGGAUUUCUACAAAGGAGGUGUUUAUUGGUUCUCGGCUGAAGAUGAUACACAUCUUAGCAAAACAGUGAAUGCCGUCGCAGUAAGGAUUGGUGCAUUACUCAAUUCAUUUGAUUUAACUUUGCCAAAUAUCCUGAAAAAAAUUAGCACUAUACAUCACCCAUGUCUUAUAGUCCUCGACUGCUUGGAUCAACUGGAUCUUUCGCGUAAUAUGAUGGAAUUUAUUUCCCUUUCUUCACAAGAGAAUAUCUUUGGGCAUUUUAUCGUCCUAACAAGACGGAACCCAAAACGACUUGUCAACGAAGUGUCAGUUUUUCAGGAGGAUUCUUGUCUUCAAUUGAAAUGUUUGCUGUCCCAAGAAGCAAAACAAUUUCUUUUUUCAAGAAGUAAAGUAGUUCGUGACAAAAGUGCAGAGAGUCUCGCAGAAUACCUUUGUGAAGAACUGGGGAGACUGCCACUUGCUUUGGAGCAAGCUGGAGCAUAUAUUCAAAUGUGCAGUUGCAGCUUCGCUUUGUAUUUGGAGCAAUAUAAAGUUGAACGUUUGCGAUUGCUCAGUCGGCAACAAGCACGUGCUGCAGGUAACGACUCACCUGAACGUCUUGCUGUUCAUACGACAUGGCUUAUCAAUAUGGAGUAUAUAAAGAAAAACCCGAAUGGUCAGGCUGCAGUUCGAUUUAUGAAUGCUUGUUCAUUUUUCGAUGGAAAUGAGAUUGAUGAAGAAUUAAUGAAUAUUGGAACACCCGCAGUGGAAGACGUCGCAUAUCGAAAAUGCGUGUCAUCGCCAUUGGGUUGCCGUGAGGUUCUAAAAUUGUUGACUGACUUUUCACUUUUCACGUAUGUUGAAGUGCACUCUGUCAGCACCCAUCGUUUGGUUCAGGAACUAGUAUGGGAAAGUCUCACUCCUGAAUCGAAAGCAGAGAGUUUCAUUGAUGCUGUACGGAUGCUUUCUUUUGUAUUCUCUAAAUGUUUUUCACCCAGUAAUCAUGUUACGUUGGAUGAAAAGAAUGAUACACAGCAAAACAUAAUAUCUUUCUCUGAUCCACCUAGUAGUCCGUCUCACUUUUUUAUGUGGUCUAAAUUUUGCAUGCAUGGUCAUUAUCUUUGUAGAAAUAUGGAGAAUCUUUUGGUCAACUCUGUUUGUCUAGACUCAUUGUGGUUUCCUGAAACAGCUAAGAUUCUUUACGAAUGUGCUGUUCAUUUGAGUGCAAAUCACAAACAUGAAGAAGCAAAGCGCAUUUUGAACUUUGCUUAUCGUAUAUUAGACUGGCUUCCUUUAGCAGGGUAUGAAACGGUUGAAAGGAAUGUUUCUAAUAAUUUCCUCUUUCCACUUCCAAUUCCUUUACCGAAGCCAUUUCAGUUGGAGAUUCAACGGUGUAGCAGACCUCCUUUUGUUUCACUUGAAGCUCUGACUGAAAAACCUGAUCCUGAGGUUAGUAACCUUGCUCCUGAGGCUAGUGACCUUGAUUUAAAAAAGAAAAUUGAAAAUUUGCGAUUUGAUGGAAAUAAGUGUUUAAAAGAAAGUCGCUACAAAGAAGCACUAAAUGCGUAUUCUUUGGCAAUAAAUCUGGCUCAAAAGGGCAAUAUUGCUUUCAAUCCUUUAUUGCUUAUUAAUCGUGCAACAGCUUACAUAAAAUUAGGGCAAUACGAAGAUGCUUUGAAAGAUGCGAAUGAUUACAUAACGCGCAGUCCAGAUUGCUGGAUGGGUUACGCGUUAAAAGCUCUGGCACUUGAUGGCUUGAAUGAGAAAGUUAGUGCUGAAAUUGCUGCUGCUUUAGCUUUUUAUCACAAUAAAGUUAUAUUCUCAGAUUUUUUACUAUUCAAAAAUUCUUUUGUAGCCUUGAAGGAACGAAUCUUUAUAUGUGAUUCUGUGGAGGAACUUCGAAAAGCUAUCUUUUCGGAUGAAGUAGAAGCGGAUGUGUUGAAGAUUUUGGUUCUGGGAUCAGAAGAAUAUAUCUUAAAUUCUGAAACAAUUGUCGGACCUUGGGACAGGUGUGUUCUUGUUGGUACGAGAAAUGACUGUUCUGUUUCUUUGAAGUCAAACUAUGUUAUUCCCUUGUUAAAGUGCAUGCUUACAAAUAUUUCAUUCUAUUUGAAUAAAGGUUCGAUAUUCUGUAUGCAUGGUUCAGUUGUGAAGAUCCUUAAUUGUAAUUUUACUUCUUAUGAUGAUCGUCGGUCUGCUGUUGUAACUUUGGGGGAUUUUAAUGCAGAUCAAUGUAGUUUUACAAGCACCAAGGAUAGUGGGUUAUAUACUGCAAAAGGUAAUGCGCUUGUUGUUGGCUGUUCCUUUUUAAACAACGGGAAAGUUGGCUUAGAAGUGCGCGAAGGUGGGACGUUGAAGGUGAAAAGCAGUCGCAUUCAUAACAAUGGUCGACAUGGGUUAGUGAUUGGACCUGAAGCAUUGGAAUGUGUAGUAAUUAAUUGUGAUAUUCACCACAAUGUUGAGACAGGAAUCGCUGUCCUGAACUCAACGAAUGUAACUCUUAUACGUAAUAACGUUUUUAACAAUUACGACCAUGGAAUAUACGUGACGAAUUGUGAGGCAGAUAUCAGAGAAAACAACUCUUUUGAUAACGGUUUGUGGGGAAUUUGGUCCCAGAACAAUUCCUGUUGCAAUAUAUCGACGAAUAGAGUUUUUCGCAACAAAGCCGGGGGAGUUUGUCUGGUAUAUCGAGCUGCAGGGAAAGAGUUUUCUCGAUCUGUCAUCGAACUGAACAACAUUUAUGAUAAUGUUGGUCCCGGGUUUGUAGAGAAAGCAAGCGAGUUUGAAGUAGUAGAAUCGCUGAGCACACAUGGCGAUAUGGACGAAGCGAGUAAGUCGUAUUUAAAGCCUUCCAGUUCAUACCAAUCUGCCAAAAGCCAAAAUAACAGAGUGUACAAUAACAGGGAAAAUGAAAACGUUAGUAAUUUGAAUUGUUCCGUUCCGUAUUGCUCACAUUGUCAUAAGAAAUGCGAACCCAAGCGGUGUGGAAAGUGCUUUACUGCAGCGUAUUGCAGCAGAUCUUGCCAAGAAAACCAUUGGUCAAAGCACAAGAAAAUAUGCAAAGUUUUACGUGAGAAGUCAAGCUAUUUGAUCACUUCCAUAGAAAAGGCUAAAUACACUCAUGCGGAACAAAUUGAAGGUCGAAAAGAAAUUGGUCCAAAGUUCAGUCCUCCCCCACCACGUGAUGGUAGAAUGUUUGUUGUAAAAGUGCACACUGCCUUAAGAGAAGUAACAUCGUACGCUGACAUGCUCUACGACCGUAGUCUCGAACUUUGUGGGACAUUCGACUCCAGAUUCAUUGACGAACUUCUGGAAGAAUUUGGUGUACAAUGUGAACGGAGAUUUAUAGAGAAAAAGCUUUACUUUUACUGCCUGUUCGAAGACAACGGGCAGCUUCGAUUAUUCACGAAUGUAUUUCCAAAAUUUCAAAACUGGUGAAUCUAUAUUUUCAGUUAUACCGCUGGGUGACAUAUACACUAGCUUCUGUGGGAACCGGAACGAUUUAAGAAAAGAAACAUUCGUGUAUGCAAGGUUACGGGUCCAUCAUGAACUCUUUACUUCUCGCUAUAGCUUCAGCUGAAAUCCCGACUUUCCAAAUUUCCUAUUAAGGUCGGAACUAGUUAAAAUGGUAUGGCUGGAACAGGAGAAUUAUAUAUAUAACGUUGCGAAGAAAUAGUUUUCCUGCAUUAAAUGCAGAUGCUAGAAAGUUGCUUUACAGCACUACAUUGCAAAAACAUACACUAAUUUGUAUUAUGUGGACGUCCUAUCCAAUGCAUUUUGUUCAACCUGUUGGAGAAUAUCUGUUGCAUAUCUCGCGUCUACAUAAUAAUGCGCCGACGUUGUCAACCGGCAUAUUAUGGAGGUCAAGAAUCAAAUGCAGUCUUGGCCAAAACGAUUAUUUCUAUUGUCGGACUAUAAGUCACUUUUUCACAAUCAUUAACC